CAGAGCUCUUCCGAGCCACACAGCUUUUAUUUUCUCUUCUUUUCUUUCCUGUGCAACAAGGAAAUAGGUCACAUUUCAAAGAAACCAGCAAACGGAGCUUAGCAAAUGCCAGACAGCUCACUGGAUGGUGCUGCCCGUUCCCCUCCCGCCUUCCAAAAUUGACACAUUUCUCACUCGCCAAAGAAUAUUUUGCCCCUUCGUCCCUUUCUUUCUUCGAAAUCGCUGUAAGGAAGCCCUGACGAGACAGCCGGCCCAUCCGCAGACCAGCUCAACGGAGCCAGUGGGAUUAAAGUGACCCUGGAGCCAGUGGGAUUAAAGUGACCCUGCGGUGACGGCUGGCCACACCUGAGCUCCGUCUUUCUCCGGAGCAUGUGCAUCAUGUAGAAACAGGAGCCACCAAACGGGAUCAGAGUAUCGGCCAAUUCACAAACCAGCCAGAGUCAGAUCGAAGACCAGCAGUGCGUGAGCCAACCCGGGCGGCCCCACAGAGAUGCCAGAUGCUGCUGCUCACCUGCCCUUUUACUACGGCAGCAUCGCCAGGUCGGAAGCGGAGGAGCACCUCAAGCUGGCGGGGAUGUCGGAUGGACUGUUCCUGCUGCGGCAAUGCCUGCGCAGCCUGGGGGGGUACGUCCUCUCCAUGGUCUACAACCUGCAGUUCUACCACUACUCCAUCGAGCGCCAGAUGAACGGGACGUACGCCAUCGCGGGGGGGAAAGCGCACUGCGGGCCGGAGGAGCUCUGCGAGUUUUACUCCAAGGAUGCCGACGGGCUGUGCUGCCCUCUCCGCAAACCCUGCAACCGCCCCAGCGGGGUGGAACCCCAGCCCGGGGUCUUCGACAGCAUGAGGGACAAUAUGGUGCGCGAAUACGUCCGGCAGACGUGGAAACUAGAGGGGGACGCACUCGAACAGGCCAUCAUAAGCCAGGCUCCGCAGGUGGAGAAGCUCAUUGCCACCACAGCCCAUGAGAAGAUGCCCUGGUACCACGGCAGCAUCGCCCGCGACGAGGCUGAGCGCAGGCUCUACUCUGGGGCACAACCCGACGGGAAAUUCCUGCUGAGAGAAAGGAAGGAAAAUGGCACCUAUGCCCUCUCCCUCAUCUAUGGCAAGACGGUGUAUCACUAUCGGAUAGACCAGGACAAGUCCGGCAAGUACUCAAUCCCCGAGGGGACCAAGUUCGACACGCUGUGGCAGUUGGUGGAGUACCUAAAACUGAAACCGGACGGGCUGAUUUUCUACCUGAGGGAAACCUGCCCCAACCCCAACAUGCCAGUGUCUGCAGCACCGGUUCCACCAACCCACCCCUCCGCAAGCAGACACCUUGGACCUCUCAAUGCAGAUGGAUACACGCCAGAGCCUGUAGGUGCAGGAAAGUCACGCCUCCUACCUAUGGACACCAGUGUCUAUGAAAGCCCAUACAGUGAUCCAGAAGAACUGAAGGAUAAGAAGCUUUUCCUGAAGAGGGACCACCUGAUGAUUGAUGAAGUGGAACUGGGGGCAGGAAACUUUGGCUGUGUCAAGAAAGGAGUCUACAAAAUGAGAAAGAAGCAGAUCGACGUGGCCAUAAAGGUGUUGAAGAGCAACAACGAGAAAACAGUGAAGGACGAAAUGAUGAAGGAAGCACAGAUCAUGCAUCAGCUGGACAACCCCUACAUUGUCCGCAUGAUUGGAGUCUGCGAGGCAGAGUCCCUGAUGCUCGUGAUGGAGAUGGCUUCUGGAGGGCCACUCAACAAGUUCUUGGCUUCCAAGAAGGACGAGAUUACAGUCAACAAUGUCGUGGAGCUAAUGCACCAAGUCUCCAUGGGGAUGAAGUACUUGGAGGAAAAAAACUUUGUCCAUAGGGACCUGGCAGCCAGAAAUGUCCUGCUGGUCAACCAGCAUUAUGCCAAGAUCAGUGACUUUGGGCUGUCCAAGGCUCUUGGCGCUGAUGACAGCUACUACAAGGCCAGGACGGCAGGAAAGUGGCCCCUGAAAUGGUACGCCCCAGAGUGCAUCCUCUAUCACAAGUUCUCCAGCAAGAGUGACGUGUGGAGCUACGGCGUGACCAUGUGGGAGGCCUUCAGCUACGGGCAGAAACCCUACAAGAAAAUGAAAGGCCCAGAGGUCAUCAGCUUCAUAGAGCAAGGGAAGCGUAUGGACUGCCCCACGGACUGCCCGGCGGAGAUGUACGCGCUCAUGCAGCAGUGCUGGACAUACAGAUGGGAAGAGCGCCCAGGAUUUAUUUCUGUGGAAAACACAAUACGCUCCUACUACUACAGUAUCGCUACCAAGACAGAAAACGGGUCAGAGACAGAGGACAAGUCAAAAGCAACUAUUCCCUGAGCUUCCCUCUCUGCUCCUGAACACACAUCCUUGCUCCAUGGGACCUGGAAAGGCUCUGGGUGAAUUUUUGCUUUAAUCUCUUAAAUGCUGGUUUUGUUUCUCAAUCAGUUCCAGAACUAAGGCCCUGGGAGACAAUGCUGUCACAGCAGAUGAGGGCACUCAGCUGUGCCUUGUGUCUCCUACCAGCCAGCAACGAUUUACAUCUCCAGCCCGAGCCAGCACAGGACAGUACAGGCAGUAUUAUAGUCACCCUGUAAAUAAACUAUUUUAUAUUUUUCACA